AUGACUACCCAAAAACUAUCUUUCACAGAUCUAAAAAUUAGUGAAAACAACCCUUACACUAAGUCAGGUAUCAAGAAGAUGGAAAUAGAAACAAACUCAAUUUCUAGCAGAAGUUCUACUCCAGUGCCAGAAAUUUCUAAUAAAACUAGUAAUGAUACAGAAGCUUUAGUAGAUAAAAUGAUUAUUGAGUCUACAAUAAAGAACACAACAGACAUACCAAACGAAACUACUCCUAAAGCUAUUUCUUCAAACAAUAAUAGCAUGACAGAAUCAGAGGAUCAAGACCCUAACGACCCUCCAUUUACUACAGUAGUCUCAAAAAAACAAAAACUCAAGAAUAAGAAAAAAGGUCUUGGUAAUAGCUAUCACCUCUAUAGAGGAUCAGAAGGUUCACAAAAAAGUGGACUCAGAACUAAACACUAA